AUGAUAUCUAAGACCAUAUUCUUGGAUUUCAACUAUAAUUCAAGUCAAUUAUUUAAUCUCAAAUUUAAUAACAGUCAACUCAUAGUUUCUCAGUGCUAUUUCAAGAAUACAUCAAUACGUAUGCCUAGUUAUAAUGAAAGUCUUCUGAAAAUUACAGAUCGAAUUCAUGAAAUCAAAAACAAAGCAUUGCCGCACAAAUUAGUCGACCAAUGCCAAGAGAAGAAAGGAAAAAAGUUGACUAAAGUUGUAACAGCUAUAAUUUGUGUUUCUGUCGGUUUGUUAGUUUUAAUUCCUGCAAUUAUUUAUGCUCUAUACUGGGGACGACGCUCACAAGCUUACCGUGACAGACUUGAUCUUGAAAAGUCUCUUAUUACCGAUUUCGGAUAA